UCUCGGAUUGAAGGGAACUACAUUUACUUGCAUUGGCCUGCUCACCGAUCAAGUACUGCUACUACUUCACUUACCUUGAGCUCCUACUUCUACUAUUGAUUUUCCUCCCUCGUGUUCCUCUUUACCCCGCAUCCUCUUUUCUUUCCUCCCGCAGCCCGUCGGAGGCUUUUUUAAUCUUUCCGCCCUCCACAUAUUCUUCUUCCCCUCCUCCUUCUCCUCCCCCUCCCCCUCUUCCUCAUGACACAACAAAAGAAGACCAUCGCCGUGGUAAACGCGACGGGUCGCCAGGCUGCGUCUUUAAUACGCGUGGCCUCGGCCGUCGGACACAAUGUGCGCGCUCAGAUCCAUUCUCUCAAGGGCUUCGUCGCAGAGGAGCUGCAGGAGCUUCCGAAUGUCACUCUAUUCCAAGGCCCGCUGCUGGGCAACACUCCCCUGAUGGACGCAUUAUUCGAGGGCGCCAACCUUGCAUUCAUCAACACCACCUCACAAUCAGGCGACGAAGUCGCAAUCGGCCGCGACCUCGCCGACGCCGCCAAACGAGCCGGAACCAUCCAACACUACAUCUACAGCAGUAUGCCCGAUCACUCGGUACAUGGGCCCUGGCCUCCGGUACCGCUCUGGGCCCCCAAAUUCACCGUCGAGAACUACAUCCGUCAACUGGGACUUCCUUCGACCUUUGUCUACGCCGGAAUCUACAAUAACAAUUUCACGAGUCUACCCUACCCCCUCUUCCAGAUGGAGCUCAUGCCGGAUGGAAGUUUCGAGUGGCAUGCGCCCUUUGACCCGGACAUUCCGCUGCCCUGGCUGGACGCGGAACAUGAUGUGGGCCCCGCGUUGCUGCAGAUUUUCAAGGAUGGGCCGAAGAAGUGGAAUGGACAUCGUAUCGCGCUCACAUUCGAAACUCUCUCUCCCAAUCAAGUUUGCGCUGCCUUCGAGCGCGCUCUCGGCCGCCCCUGUCGCUACCUGCGCGUCCCCAAGGUCGAAGUGAAAGUCAACAUUCCGCCGGGCUAUCGAGAACAGCUGGAGGCGAUUGAGGUGGUGUUCGGACAGUGCGACGCGCCUUACUUCCCACAGCCCGAGUUCUCCCGUCCGGCCGCUGGAUCCCCCAAGGGACUGGGCCCCGCCAAUGGCAAAGGCGCAGGCGCGGGAAUGAUGCAGGGUCCCGGAGGGGUGAUUUCGCUUCGUGUGACCGACGAGGCCCGGCAUUUAUGGCAGGGGUGGCGCGAUAUGGAGGAAUAUGCGCGCGAGGUCUUCCCGGUGGAGGAAGAGGCCAACGGAUUGGACUGGAUGCUGUAGUGGUGGGAAGAUCAUGCCUAGUCCCGUCCAGUUUGAGCCGACGGGCACGUGCGCCGGUGUCGGUGAGUCUGGCUUGGCCCGUCACCUGACCGAUGGCGCGAUUGGUUUGCGAUAAGGGGAGGUUACAUUACAUCCCAUCGAUUGAUGGCCUGCCUGAACCCAACCUCUGGGGCUUUGACCGGUCGGACUUUCUGUCGAAGUCCUAAAUCCCUCGCUCACGACCGACACUUACAACACUCUACUCACCGCUUUGCAAUCCCGCCUGUUGGCGUGCAUUUUCUUGUUGUCUUUUCCUGCAUGCAUGCAUCACCGGCGAACUGGCCUGGGUUUUCCUUAACAAUGUCUCUUGGGGCAAGAGACAUUCAAAAAAGAGAGAGACAGAAGAUCUAUACCUUAAUGGGAA